AAGGCUUGGCCAACAGCUAUCAGCCCCUACACAUGAACAAUCGGCAUGGCCAAACAUUCAUGACGUAUGUUCUUAAUUGGAAGAGGGUGGGCAUCCCAGAUGAGCAAAUUGAAAAAGGAAGAAAUUUCAACUACACCACAGAAGUAGUACAAAGCGGAAAUGACUUUACAUGGUCACAGAUCUACCCAGGAUUUACACUCACCAAUAAAUUCACCAUCGGUCAAGAAUCAGAUCUAGAGACAAUGGGUGGCAAGAAAUUUAAGGCAACCGUCCGAUUGGAAGGUGGGAAACUGGUUGUGGACUUCCCCAAAUACAACCACUCCUCGGAGAUCGUUGGAGGGAAACUAGUGGAGACCUCAGUUUCUGGAGGAGUCACAUUUAAGAGAAUCAGCAAGAAGGUGGCAUAAAAAGGAGAAACCCAUCAGGAGCCAUUUUUUUUUAAGCAAAUAAAGCAUUUCAUGACUC